AUGGGUGGAGGGAUGUCCGUGCUGGGUCUGGGAUCUAAAGGCUGGUUCAGGCUGGAUGCUGACCAUUACCCGGUGUUGGUCUGCUACUCGGUGGCCGCGAGCAUGGAAAAUUACCAUGUUCUUGAGCUCGUCGGCACUGGAUCCUUCGGCAAGGUCUACAAGGGUCGUCGUCGUGGGGGACUCGAGCUUGUUGCCCUCAAAUUCAUCUCAAUACGCGGUCGCAACGACCGCGAGCUCGCUCUGCUCCAGGAUGAGAUUGAGAUUAUGAAAACCCUUGAUCAUCCUCACAUCAUCAAGCUUCACGAAGCCAUCACGACCAAAGAUGAACUGGCAAGACCCCUCAUCGUUGCAACCGACUAUGCGGCCGGUGAGCUCUAUCAAGUCCUCGAAGAUGAUCGUACGCUGCCCAUUGAAGAGAUUCACAGCAUCAGUCAACAGCUGAUCUCAGCCCUCCGGUACCUUCAUGACCAUCGCAUCAUUCACCGCGACCUCAAGCCCCAGAACGUGCUUCUUGGCAAAAAUGGCCUCUGCAUGCUCUGUGACUUUGGCUUUGCUCGCGCCAUGUCCUUCAACACCCUCGUGGUGACCAGCAUCAAAGGCACACCACUCUACAUGAGUCCUGAGCUUGUCCGCGAAGAGCCUUACGAUCAUCGUUCCGAUCUAUGGGGCUUGGGCUGCAUCUUAUAUGAAUUGUGCGUGGGAGAGCCCCCGUUCUACACCAAUAAUAUCUUUGAUCUCGUCAAGAUGAUUACGCAGCAGCCCGUGACAUUUCCUUCCAACGUGGAUCCGGAUUUCAAGGAUAUGUUGCAAGGCCUCCUGAUUAAAGUGCCACACAAGCGCUUGGGCUGGCCGCACUUGAGCACGCACCGCUUCCUGGUGGGCCGCCGUAACAUUCACAACAUUCCUUACGAACCUGCGCUCAACAACGUGGUUCGACCAAAGACAUCGGGUAUUGAGAGCCUGGGCCCCCCAACCCCGGACCACCGUGCUUCGCUGCGUCCCAUCGCCACAGCUCCAUCACACGGCCGACACAGCACCAGCCCAUCGGCACCCGGGACCAAGUCGAACCUUCCAAAGGCUGGCCUGAGCCCUCGACAUUUACGUCUGCCUGCCUCCGUCUCAUCGCCAGAGCCCAAGGCGAGUCCUCGCCACGACUCUGCGCGCCAGCGCCGACGCGAGCAACGCGUGCACGAGUCAAGUCAUCGACCUGUGACAGAAGGCUCGGUGCGCCUUGAAUCUGCUCAACACGAGCUUCAUGGCUCGCUGAGCGCCAGUGCUCAGGCGCGCCCAACCCAGCCACGAGCCCCGCAGACUGCCCCCUCCCAGCAAGUAGAGCCGACGUCAAACAUGGAUUCGACCCUCGGCGAUGCCGGCAUGCGCACCUACACAGCGCCUGCGGGAGCAUUGAAACGCGAAGAGCGCUUCUAUCACAGCGCUGCCAACUCGCCAACAAACAGCAUUCGAGACUCCAGAACUAGCGACACCAGUGCUGUUCACUUUCCAGCACGCUGGGCUUCAGACGAGCUUGACGAUGAAGACGACGAGAGCAAUGACAGCAUCAAUCAAGAAGCGACCAUGGAGUCGGAGGAGAGGGAAGAUACAAAGAGACGCAACUCUCGCAGCCAAAUCCCCCACACUUCCCGUCAGCAUGACGAGGAGCAGCAGAACUUUGAGGACAGCGACCCGGCAGAUCACUCCAUUGUGGUGGCGUCGACCGAAUCCCUGCCCCGCCCUGCGGCAGAACAAGCACGCACCGGUGGCGCACCAACAAUGGAGGCCAGUGCCUCGGAGCGUGUCACACGGGCCACCACCGCCACUGACCUGCAUGCAUCCAACGCAGCUCGCCUGGCACCCAACUCAAACGCAACAAAUACUGAAUCGCGCUUGCGACACAUGCGAGACCAGUUGCAGGCAGCGCGCACUAUUGACGCAGUUUCAAGCGACGUGCCCAGGAGCUUAGAUGAUACUCUCACCGGAGGAGGUGAUGAUGAUAUGGUGCGCCUCUCUCUCAACUCAGCUGUGACCGCCCUGAGCGGCUUGACAACCAUGUUGCGCGACCAAGACGACGCCUCGGUAUCCAUUCAGCCUGUCCAGGAGUCAGACGCCAACUCCGAAGGCGUCUUAGAGGUCCUUACCCAAGCCAUUCAUCAAGCCCUGGACGAGCUUCCACAGCUUGCAGCCAUGGCUCCUAUUCUCAAUGAGGUUACCAACGUCAUUUCCAUGCUGCAGGACGCAACAAUUGUUGGAGCACUGGCACCCCUCGUGAUCAAAAUAUCCGAUGCCAUUGUGCAGCAAGCAACAAUGCUCUUGUCUACACAUGGACAACUGGAUGAGGAGGCCGUCAGCGCCUGCUGCUGCACGCUGGAGCUCUUGCUUGAACUUGGCAACUUGAGCGCCACCGAUGCGACAGCGGCGCUCGUCUUGCUCGAAUGCUUGGCUCCUCAUCAAGAAUUAAUGUCGUCGCUCAUGCGCUUGCUCCAAGGAAUGGCCGUGGAUGACGACGCAUACGCCUGGACGCUGCAAGCUUUGGUGGCGUUUGUCCAUCAGCCAAGUUGGUCCAUUCAGGGCGAACCCGAGCUUGGGUUUUAUAGCCGCGUUAUGCAGCAGCUUCAACAGCUGCGGCACGUCUUUUUCAAGCGUGCUGGCGCCGAAAACCUGUAUAGUCUGCUGUUGGCUGAACCCAGUUUGGCCACCUUCCAGAUUUUGUUGCAAGGUCUCCGCAUCAAGGCCCCUGCAGCCUGUCAAGCUGUGCUCGCGCACAUUCCCCUCCUCCAUGAUACCAUCACGGCAUCGAAGGACCCCGUGUUGAGCUCGAUGGGUGCUCUACUGCUGACACAAUUACUGCGGCUACCCGUGGCGAUGCGCACGGCGGAUGGCACCAACUUGUUUGCGAUAUUCGAGCAAGAAGCGUCUUCCAUUGGUCGGCGCACGGCGCAGGCGUGCGCAGACGCAGCUCGCCUUUGCACGUCUGUCACAAGAAUGCUAAGAGAGGAUCCUGCCAACUUUGACCCGCUGGGACCCUGCGCGGUAGCUAUGGCCGAAGCCUGCUGCCUGUGUUCCUUCUGGACCACGCUGGUGGAACACGGCACGCCGGUGCCGACCGGCUCGGAUCGCGAGCUGGUCCGAGGGGCAUUGGAACUGCUUGCUGCGCUUGCUGUGGCCCCACCUGAUGUGGUGGAAGCGGUACAAGCUUGUGCCGUGGAUUUAGAUGGCGAUGGUCUAAUGGGCUUGGCUGCCAAUACCCGGUUGCAAGUCUCCUAUGGUGUCUUCGACAUGUGUGUAGCUGCAGUGACCGGGUCUUUGCGGCGAUUGGGCCUGGAGGCCUUUCCGGCUGAUCUCGACCCGGAGGCCUUGUGGACCCUGACGCUUGAGUUUGACCGUUUGGACCAAGUGCUGAUGACGCCUUGUAGCGCUGCAUUGUCGCUGCGUCUAUUGGCCGACUUGCGAACGGCGCCCCCGCGCUGGUGGCCGAGCAAACUUGCUAAUGUUGAGGAUCGAGACGCGGCGUGGCUGGAUGCCGUGAAGGCCUGGUUCGAGCAUACUUUGAGUGAGGCUGUUGUUUUCCAGGCUGAGCAACGCCUGAAUAUGCUGGCCCAUGCUGCUUCGGCCAUUGCCACGCUGCGCCCCGCUGUUGAAGCUUGGCUCACGGCCAUUUCCUCGGCGAGUAAGAUCAAGCUUGUGGAGACGUGCACGUAUUGGGCGCGCGUGUUGCUUCAGGAUGGUUGUCAAGCACCAUUGGUGGCCUUGCUCGAGCUCUUGCUGCACCUUUGUGUGGUCGAUGAUGAUGUUGGCGUGGCUGCCUUGGACCAUUUACAGAGCUCGCCCGAGGUCUGCGUUUAUGCUUUUCGUGAGACGGCCUCGAAAACCCUGUUGGCAGAUAUGAUGACGUGGCUCUCGCGACUCAUGCGGACGUCUGGCAAGCACUGCUUUGCUGUGGACAAGCUGCGUGUGUUUCCAGAGGUGGUGAGAUGCCUGCGACACGAGAGUGCAACUUUGCGGGCACGAGCUUGCAAUGUGCUUGGCAAUGCUUAUCGCCACUCUGCCUUCUUCUACGAUGAGUCGGAGAGGUUGGGAGUGGCGUCGAGUUUGAUCUCUCUGUUGACGGACCAGCACCCGGACGUGCUCAAGUUCUCCGCGUUUGCCAUUGGCAAUUUAGCCUUUCACAGCGACCAAUUUGUGCACCGCCUGUCUGCGGCCAUUCCCCACCUUGUCCGCCUGCUGUCCUCCGAACAAGACCGCACCAUUUCAAAUGCCGCGGGUGCUCUUGGUAACCUUGGCCGUAAUUCAGAUGUCUUGGAUCAUGUGUUCGCCGCGGCUAAGGCAUCCGACGCGUUGUUGAGUGUGAUGGAACAACCAGAACUGACAGAGCAGACGCUGCGCGUCAUCCUUUUUACACUUGGUACAUUAGCCAAGUGGCCAGAUGGACUUGCUGAUUUGACGGCGCGACAAGCACAUGCCCGUGUGGCUCGCACGAUCAAGCAUCGAGCCGGACUCCAAGCAACUACGCAGCAAUACGCGCAGCGGCUCCUGAGCCGCGUGAAGCCUCAGUAA